GCGUGUCUUCUCGCUUCAAGGUCACCUGAUCAUUUACUUUAGUCUAGUGACCAGGAACCUGUCACAAUUAUCCCAGCGUGCAGCGCAGCACUUCGACGCUGAAUCACUAUUAAGAAAGACCCCCCCUCCCAAAGAUGGCUGACGCAAACCAACAAAGCCCUCCUCCACAGCCAGGGCCUGUGCAAUUUCUAAUAAGCAACAAGCUGGAAACUGCAAUGUGGCUGUCGCGGCUCUUCACAGUCUACUGCUCCAUAAUGUUUAUUCUACCAAUUUUGGGACCAUAUGCAGCAGCUAACUUCUACCAGAGAGCCCUUUUAGCAAACGCCCUCACCAGUGCCCUUCGCUUGCAUCAAAGACUUCCACGCUUCCAGCUGAGCAGAGCUUUUCUGGCACAGGCUCUCCAGGAAGAUAGCUGCCACUAUCUGCUCUACUCACUCAUUCUGGUCAACUCCUACCCUAUCACAAUGAGCAUCUUUCCAGUUUUUCUCUUCUCUUUGCUUCAUGCAACUACCUACACAAAGAAAGUUCUUGAUUCCAUGGGCCCCAACAGCCUUAUGUUCAUCAGAAACCUCCUGGACAAACUAACAUCCAAUCAGCAGAACAUCUUGAAGUUCAUCGCCUGUAAUGAGAUCUUCUUGAUGCCAGCCACUGUUUUCAUGCUCUUUAGUGGCCAGGGUAGCUUGCUGCUGCCUUUUAUUUACUACCGAUUUCUGACUCUCCGCUACACAUCUAGAAGAAACCCAUACUGCCGCACCUUGUUCACAGAGCUUCGAAUUCUUCUGGAACACUUCAUCAUGAAGCCUGCCUGUCCCGCCUUCUUCAGGAGAAUGUGCCUCAAUAGUAUCGCCUUCAUCAGUCGCCUUGCACCCACAGGAGUCUGAUUACACUAGGUCGACAUUUUACUUUUUAUGUUUGAUUUUUUCCACCAUUUAGAAUAUGACUUUGAUGGAGACAGACAAUGCCAUCAACGGAAGGAACUGGUUUUUGAAUGUCAACUUAGUCUGUUCUCCAAAAUUUACUUCUAUUUGAGUACACUUGAAAAGCAGCCAUUGAUGCACUGAUGUCUCUCUUCUGUUACCAUCUCCAUGGUGUGACCUCACGUAAGCGGUGGACAUUCCCCAUUGUGUGCUCGCUGAAUGAAGCACAUCAGCUCCGUUGUCUAUCAGCUGAUGAAGUUUCCUUUUUUACUUUUUAUUUAUUGAAAGUUGAUAACUGUGUAAUGAAACAUUAACAUUGAGAUUAAUAACUUAAAUAAAAUGUUAUAAUGCAUAAUUAUAUGUUUUUAAUCAUGUUUUGGAUGGAUUAAGGAUGGAGUUUGUUUGCAAUUUCUAUCUUGUCCAGUUUCCUUUCUAUGUGUGCUUCUGAUGCUCGUGAUUUGUCUAAAUGCCUAACAGAUCUAUUCUAUGAAUACCACCCGCUUACUCUUUUAAUGUAGGCAUGUCAAAAUAUGUUGAAUAAAGGAACAAGAUAUCUGCUGUAUUUUAUAGAAUAUUGUAAGGUACCUGUCAUUUUGCUUCACACUUUCAUGCAUUGAGAUAUAUUUUCACCUUAGUUUAAACAUUUUUAAAUUCAGAUUUUGCUGUCAUAGAUGUCUGGCUUUUUUGCAUGCUAUAUUUUUUUCUGACAUGUUAAGUGUUUAUCUACAGUACCACAUUUUUAUGAUGAAAUCUCUUAAUUAAACCACUAAAAUCUAAAA